AUGGUCGAGAAGGACACGGACCUCGCCUCCAAUGGUGUCAAUGCGCACGGACGUGCGGAACCGACGCCUCCCAUAUCAUCAUCCCCACCCAUUUCUCGGCAACCCAAACACUCGACAUGGCUUAUGAGCGCACUCAAGUCGAGGCGGACAUGGAAGAACUGGGCGCGGUCCAUGAUCGCCCUCUUUGUCGCCACGCUCCUCAUGGUCAUCCGGCCCACGAGGGAGGCGCUCGGGAGCAGUGCGGCGUUCUUCGGCCUGAUCGCUUGCACAAUCUUACCGCCCAUAUUGCCGCUUUCGAUCCUGUUCUUUGCUCUGAUCACACUCGGACUCGGCAUGCUCCUCGGGUGGGCAUGGGGCGUCGCGGCGUGGGCGGCGGGGUUGAGCGUGCGCGACCAAGCCCUCGUCCAGACCACGAUGCAGGCCGUGCAAGCGCAGGCUCAGGCUGCCGGCGUCGAUCCCAGACUGGCAAUGCAAGCAGCCAUCUUUAGAGGAGAUUUCCUCGAUCCUCGCUCGAGCGCCAUUCACGGCGUGUUUAUUUUCAUCGGCGCAUAUUUCCUUGGAUGGAUUAAAGCCACAAAGCCCACACUCACCCUUUUGUCAAUCUUCGCCACAAUCCUCCUCGACAUGAAUUGCACUUUUGGACCGCUUUUCCCAUAUGGAUACUACACCCUCGCAACAACUUUGAUCAAGCCCGCAGCGGCAUAUAUGGCCGUGGCGGUUGUUUGUACAGUGCUCUUUUUCCCGCAGAGCCUGAACCACCUCGUCCUCUCUGGACUUGUGAAGAAGACAUAUCAACCAAUGCUCGCCCUCCUCAAAUUGCAAGAACAGAUCCUCGGUGCGAACCCAACCAAUCAUGAGGAAUGGGCUGGUCUAGCUGACGAGGCGCACAAUCUCUCAAGAGAUUAUAUCGCGGCAUUUGGUGAGUUGGAGGGACAGGCCAAGAUGCUCCAACUCGAACUUUCGCGGGGUCGGAUUUCCGCUGGCCAGCUCAAGGAAGUCAUGAACAGGACGAAGGGGCUCAUCGCUACGUGUCUGGGGCUGGGGACAGUCGUGUCAUUUAUCGACGAGCGAGACCGCGCACUCCAGAGACAGAAGGAGGACCCGCUGCCAUACACUACGAGCCGGAGCAAGGCGGCGUACGGUUACCUGGUCAAGGCCGAGGAGGGCGCCGGAAGCAACUUUGAGGACUUGUUACCGGACCUCAAGGCGGAGACGGAGGGUCUGCGCUCGGCGGCCGAGACGGCGUUUGCGGGUGGCAUCGAGUUCCUCGACGCAAUCAACAAUUCGCGAUGGAAGAAGCUGCCCAAGAGCUUGGUCGGGCCAGAGGUACGCCAGGCCAAUCUCAUUCGUCUACGGGCCACUCUGAAGGAAUUCAAGCAGUCGGGAAAUAACCGCGUACUGGAGCGACUCCGUGAUCGCUUCGACAGCAAGACGGGCCGGCUGCUCGAGCGGGAAGGCAAAAUUGGAAGAGGUAGCCCGCGCGGCCUGUUCCGCUGUUUCCAGUUCACGGCGUCAUUGACCAACUUCUGCUCGGCCCUGAUCGAUUGGCUCGAACUCGUCGAGGUCAUCGAGCUCGGAACGCCAAAGAAUAAGCUCCAGUUUCCUGGAAAGUUCGUUCAGGAUAUGGUGCGGAGCGUGAACGACCCGUCUACCGCCGGCGACGUGUCCGGCCUAGCUGACCGCGAUGACAUGGGCGUGCAGGACGACGACGACGACGACACCCUCGACGGCAAUGAGGACAAGGGCGCCGACCUCAAGUCACGCUUCCAUCCGCGCGAUCCCGAUGCCGGGCCACCAGGCAACGCGUUCCAAAAAGUCGGAAGGGUGGUAUCUACUGCCAUGCGUGCGGCGACUGGCAACAACGGCAUCUUUGCACUCAAGUACGGCCUCGUGUCCGUCGCACUCUGGGUUCCGGCCGUGUGCAAGUCGUCUGCGAAAUUCUACUAUGUCAACCGUGGACUGUGGGCGCUCAUCAUGGCCCAGACUGGCCUCGGUGUGUCUACGGGUGAACAGGUGUUCAACUUUGUGCAACGCAUGUCGGGGACCCUUGCCGGCGUCGUCAUGGGCAUGGUACUGUGGUACACUGGCGCGCAGCGGGGUUUGGGCAAAGCGCACGGCGUGACUGCAGCAUUUGUGGUGGGAAUGGGGCCCUUUCUCUUCCUACGCAUCGCGGCUCCGCAGCAAUCCACGGGUUUCUUCGUCAUGAUGGCGGUAACGAUCGCCUUUGUGGUUGGAUACUCUUGGAUUGACAACCACACGGUCCAAUUGGUCCACCCUGGUGUGGGGUACACUCUCGCGGGCAAACGUGCACUGCUAGUCAUCAUUGGUUUUGCGGCGAGCUUUGUCAUGAUUCUGAUCCCUCGUCCAACCAGUGCCAAGACGCUCCUCCGCCAAGGAAUGGCCAAGAACAUUGCCGCCCUCGGCGGCAUGUACUCUGUCGAGCUGACGAGUCUUGAGGCCGGACGUAAUGCGGCCGGCGACCCAGUGGCUCGCCGCGCAAAUCACCGACUACACUUCCUACGCAUCUUUACUCGCCUGCAAGCGCUACACGAGAGGUUCGGGUACGCAGAGUUCGAGCUGGCCCUCCGUGGUCCAUGGCCAAAGGAGCAGUAUCAACGCCUCUUUUUUAUCCAAGGGAGCAUGUUGUCGUCGUCGGCACUCCUCUUCGCAGCAUACUCUCAGCUCGAGCCGGAAUGGUGUGCCCGCAUCACGGACCGGAACGCGUUAAUGCAUCCCGCGUUUGUGGCGGACUUGGUAUCGCUCUUCACGAUCCUCGGCCACUCGUUACGACAGGCCACACCCUUGCCUCCCAUUAUCCCCAUCUUCGAACGCCUCGCCUACCACAAGACAUACCAGCACGCAUUGCGUCGCGCGGCCGCGGCGGUCAGUCGGGGCCCAGGACAGGGGAAAAGCGACGAUGCCGCCGACACCGACACCACGGACGACAAUAUCCUCCUCGCCCCAGAAGCUGCGGCGUUGCAAUCACUCGAGAGCGAGUUGACAUGGGAUAACGCACACCAGGAGCAGUUUGCUUUAUAUGCUACGACGCUCGUCGCGCUCGCCCACUUUAUUGGCGGACUCAACUCGCUGCACGCGACCGUGCUUUCGCUUGUGGGAGAACACGAGAUCGAGGGGUUCGCCCAGGCACAGGAGCGCUGGGCACGUGCUGAGAUGGCCGUGUAG